AUCUCCCUCACGACAACCCUCCACAUCGUACCUUCAAGAUGGAUCGGCAAUCAGUGUACAGUCUCAGCUUGUUCGGUGAAGACAGAAGCGCCAACGGUGGUGAAAGCAAUCGCCAGCUCCAGAAAGACCUGGUCGACUUCAUCCUUGAGUUUCACCUCGAGAAUGUCUUCAUCUACCGUGAUCAAAUCCGUGAGAAUGUCCUCUCUAAGCAGUACUACUGUGACAUCGAUAUCGCCCAUCUCAUCGCAUUCAAUGAGAAUCUGGCGCAUCGGCUGAACAAUGAGCCCGAUGAAAUCAUUCCAAUUUUCGAAGCGGCCCUCAAGACUUGCACUCAGAAGAUCUUGUAUCCUUCCCGAAGCGCAGAAGACCUCAACUUCGCCAAAGCCCUCCCCGAACACCAACUCCUCAUCCACUCCUCCGUCUCUCACACCUCAAUCCGUGGCCUGACCGCAACAAACGUAUCACACCUCGUCCGCAUUCCGGGCAUUGUCAUCGGCGCCAGCACGCUCAGCUCAAAAGCAACAAGACUGCAUAUUCAAUGCAGGAAUUGCCAACAUACCGAAGAUCUGGCGGUCAACUCUGGUUUUACUGGCAUCACACUACCUCGCACAUGUAGCGCGCAGCGUGCCCCAGGAGAUGGCGACAAAUGCCCUCUGGACCCCUAUUUUGUGGUCCACGAGAAAUCACAGUUCAUUGAUCAGCAAGUACUGAAACUCCAAGAAGCACCUGACGAUGUCCCUGUUGGUGAACUCCCUCGACACAUUCUCGUCAGCGCGGAUCGCUACCUGGCGAAUCGAGUGGUGCCGGGCACACGUUGUGUCAUCAUGGGCGUGUUCAGCAUCUACAGCAGUCAGAAGAACAGCAAGAACAGCGGCGCAGUUGCCAUUCGAAACCCGUACUUGCGCGCCGUUGGCCUUCAAACGGACAUCACACAUAAUCAGGCUGGUGGCGUGGCCAUGCAGUUCAGCGAAGAGGAGGAGCAAGAAUUCCUCGAGAUGUCCCGCCGCCCCGACCUCUACUCACUGUUUGCCUCCUGCAUCGCCCCCUCAAUCUACGGCAACAACGACAUCAAAAAGGCAAUCACCUGUCUGCUCAUGGGCGGCAGCAAGAAGAUUCUACCCGACGGAAUGCGCCUAAGAGGAGACAUCAACGUCCUGCUCCUCGGAGACCCUGGUACUGCCAAAUCACAGCUGUUGAAAUUCGUGGAGAAAUGUUCACCCAUUGCAAUCUACACUUCAGGCAAGGGCUCAUCAGCAGCCGGUCUGACAGCAUCGGUCCAGCGAGACACCAGCACACGAGAAUUCUACCUCGAAGGCGGAGCCAUGGUUCUCGCAGACGGCGGCGUGGUGUGCAUCGACGAAUUCGACAAGAUGCGAGACGAAGAUCGCGUGGCGAUCCACGAAGCCAUGGAACAACAGACCAUCUCCAUCGCCAAAGCCGGCAUCACUACCAUUCUGAACGCACGUACGUCCGUCCUCGCCGCAGCAAACCCGAUCUUCGGCCGCUACGACGACCUCAAGUCACCUGGUGAAAACAUCGACUUCCAAACCACUAUCCUCUCCCGUUUCGACCUCAUCUUCAUUGUCCGCGACAACCACGAUCGCAACCGCGACGAGACGAUCGCCAAACACGUCAUGGGCAUCCACAUGGGCGGGCAAGGCGUGCAAGAGCAAGUAGAAGCCGAGAUUCCAGUGGAGAAGAUGAAGCGCUACAUCUCGUACGCGAAAUCACGAUGCGCGCCACGCCUCAGCGCCGAAGCAGCGGAGAAGCUGAGUUCGCAUUUCGUUUCCAUUCGUCGCCAGGUGGCGCGUGCCGAGCAGGACGCGAAUAUGCGGUCUUCCAUUCCCAUCACCGUUCGUCAGCUCGAGUCCCUGGUGCGCAUCAGCGAGUCUUUGGCGAAGAUUGAACUCGCGCCUGUGGCGACGGAGAAGCAUGUUGAUGAGGCUAUUCGGCUGUUCUUGGGCAGUACGAUGGAUGCUGUGAUGAGUGCCGGCGGCGACACGGGCGCCCUCGGACUGGGUGGAAAUAGGGAGCUCGUGGAGGAAGUGCACAAGGUUGAGGAUGAGCUUAGACGAAGAUUACCUGUUGGCUACACCUCGUCACUGGCCACGCUUCGCAGAGAAUUCGUCGAGCGAAAGGGGUACAGCGAGCAGAGUCUCAACCGCGCUUUGCAAGUCUUGGUGCGAAGAGAGAGCGUUCAGUUCCGAAGAGGCGGAGCCCUGGUGCAUCGCAGCGGUUUCUAGUCCACGCUUGUUGGAUCAUAUGUCACGAUAUCGAUUGAUUGUAACGCGAGGAUUCAUGGGAAUGCACGCAAGGGAAUACUUGGUUGGUCGUAUGGCGCUAAGAAGGACGUUACAAAGCGAAGAGU